GAGUACAGUGAGCAGUAAGCCGCUCAGCAGCGACAACAGUGGCGGAGCACGUCUGUAGAUCCCUACAUGUGACGGCUGAACAAGCCCUUACGAAACGCGGUUAUGUUAUGAAACUCUGGGUUGGUGCUGUCUAAAUUCUUGUCUUUGUUUUCACCAAGAAGUUGUUGAACGUGCAAUUAUCAGAGUCUUCGCAGAUAGAAUAAACCAAAGAUGUCACUUUACAGGAAUGCCGUGUGGUUCGUGAAAGGACUUCAGGAAUACACAAAAGGAGGCUAUGAAACCGCCGCUAAACAUUUCGUUGCUGGGGACCUGGAUGUGAAUUUGAGUGGUAGGGACUUCAUGAUCACGGGGGCCAACAGUGGCAUUGGGAAAGCCACUGCUUGUGAAAUCGCGAAAAGGGGUGGGACGGUACACCUCGUCUGCAGGAACAAGGAAAGGGCUGAGGAGGCCAGGAGGGAAAUCGUGGAGCAAAGCGAAAAUGAGAAUGUCCAUGUUCACCUGUUGGACAUGUCUUACCCCAGAAAGGUGUGGGAGUUUGCACAGAGCUUCCAGGAGAAUCACAGCUUACAUGUGCUGAUCAACAACGCUGGCUGUAUGGUGAACCAGAGAGAGCUGACAGAGGACGGUCUGGAGAAGAACUUUGCCACAAACACUUUAGGCACGUUUAUCCUAACCACAGCACUCAUACCGGCACUGAAGAAGUCUCAAGACCCUAGAGUGGUGACAGUGUCCUCAGGUGGCAUGCUGGUUCAGAAGCUGAAUGUGGAUGACCUGCAGUUUGAGAAGUGCACCUUCGAUGCCACCAUGGCUUACGCCCAGAACAAGAGGCAGCAGGUGAUUCUCACAGAGCGGUGGGCCGCUCAGCACAAGGAGAUCCACUUCUCCUCUAUGCACCCGGGCUGGGCUGAUACACCAGCGGUGCGGUCGUCCAUGCCAGAGUUCUAUGAGAAGAUGAAGAACAGGUUGCGAACGGAGGCUCAGGGAGCCGACACCGCCCUGUGGCUCGCAGUGUCCGCCAGCGCGAUCAAACACCCCAGCGGCCUUUUCUUCCAGGACCGUAAGGCUGUAUCCACCCACCUGCCACUGGCCGCUUCCCGAUCUACACCUGCCAAUGAGGAGAGGCUACAAACAGAACUGGAGCAGCUGGCCCAAAAAUGCAAACCACAGCCUUCAUAGGCAAGUCGCCUGUCUGACCAACCAAUCAGCUCACUCCUGAUAGCAACAGUUAAACAAAACCUAAAUCAUAUUAAUAACACUUUUUACCUAAAUCAUUUUAAUAGCACUUAUUUUAACUAACCCGAUUUUGUAGUUGAUUGUAAAUUGUGUUUUGCAAUAUUUUAUAAAUAUCAAAAUGCACUCUGUCCAAUAGCAGUGUCCGACAUCAAUUUAAAGUGAUGUCAGGUCAUUAGUUUUCUCCGAAUUGGGAAUGCAUCGCAGCACAGCCAUCUGACUUUACAUUACAUUACAGGCAUGUAGCAGACGCUCUUAUCCAGAGCGACUUACACAACCUUUACAUAGCAUUUUUACAUUGUAUCCAUUUAUACAGCUGGAUAUAUACUGAAGCAAUUUCGGUUAAGUACCUUGCUCAAGGGUACAAUGGCAGUGUCCUACCCGGGAAUCGAACCUACAACCUUUCGGUUACAAGCCCAGUUCCUUACCCACUGUGCUACACUGCCUUAGCGUUCACCUGAUUUAUGGUCAUACAAGGACUAAUUGAAACAACUGACAUCAUAUCUGUGGUCACGGACGAAUCAUACUGUUAUGUUUUACAUAUUUUACGUGUUCUUCAAGGAAAAUCUAUCACAACCGAUCUGAAAGUUCUCCUUGCUGACACUGUACCUAUCUGCCAUGAAUGACUCCUCAGUUGCAGAUAGCAUGAAGAAAUGCUUAUUGGAUUAUAACAUUGAUUAUUAAAAAUGUGACUGCGCUUAUCUUUGUGAACACUUGAAGCCGAGCUGGGCAAUUACAAAUGAUUAGCACAAGAAAAGAGCACUGCAAUGUCACUGGGUGAGUUCUGGGAUACAGCUGGAGAAAUGUUUCCAAACCUUACUCAGAAAGCAAAAUGAUACUUCCGUGGUAAAAAAAA